AUGUUGGACCUUAAUCUGACUAUUGAUGCGAAUGGAUCGAUCUUCAAUGGAACUGAAACAGUUACGGAGAAGCAGCACGAAUUGGGCGGAGGGCAAAUGGAGAAUUCUGUCAGUUCUAAUUCCUCUGUUGUUAAUGUGGAAAUCUCCAACGCCGUGGGCGACGAGGACUCGUGUUCGAAUCCUUUCUUCAGUUCCGGUAUAUUGAAAAGUAAUGGCGAACAGAAUCGUAGCGGUAAUUUCGUAACUAAGGAGUUUUUUCCUGUGCUCGAGGGAGCUGCUGUGCGGCAGCAUUGUCAGUGGUUGGAUCUUUCGAGGAAUUACAGUGGAAUGGCGCAGUGGGUUGUCGCUCAGCAGCAGCAGCAGAGACAGCAGGUGAAGAAGAGCCGGAGAGGACCGAGGUCUCGCAGCUCUCAGUACCGUGGAGUCACAUUCUAUCGUAGAACUGGACGAUGGGAAUCUCACAUUUGGGACUGUGGAAAACAAGUUUAUUUAGGGGGCUUCGACACUGCACAUGCUGCAGCUAGGGCGUAUGAUCGUGCUGCGAUUAAGUUCCGGGGGCUUGAUGCUGAUAUCAAUUUCAGCGUAGUUGAUUAUGAAAUAGAUCUUAAGCAGAUGAAGAAUUUGACGAAGGAAGAAUUUGUACAUAUACUGCGUCGCCAGAGCACUGGGUUUUCUAGAGGAAGUUCGAAGUACAGGGGAGUAACAUUGCACAAAUGUGGCCGUUGGGAAGCUCGAAUGGGACAACUUCUUGGCAAAAAGUAUAUCUAUCUUGGGUUGUUUGACAGUGAGAUGGAAGCUGCAAGGGCAUAUGACAAGGCUGCUAUAAAAUGUAACGGAAGGGAAGCAGUCACUAAUUUUGAGCCAAGAACAUACGAAGAGGAGAUUAGCUCUGAGGCUGGUAAUGGAGCUGGUGGAAACCAUAAUCUAGAUCUGAACUUGGGCAUUGCUCCCCCUUGUUCUGCCAAUGGCCAAAAUAAGACCAUUUAUGCUGAUGGCUUCCAGAUUCACUGCACCUCAGAUGGAACCCUGCCUGAAAAUGAAAUGCAUAACACCGCUUCAGCUACAAUGAAAACACUAUCGUCACAUGGACAUGUAAAUGUGCUUGACCAUCCUCACUUCUGGAAGGGUGUGAAUUCCAGUUCUUGUCCCAUUUAUAAGGGAUCAGCAAUAGGGAAGAGUAGGGAACUUAAUUUUUCCGCAAGUUGGGCAUGGCAAACACAGAACCCCAUUAAUGGGAUUCCUGCUGAUCCACUCUUCUCUACUGCAGCAUCAUCAGGAUUCGCUAAUUCAAGUAUUGCUGCUUCCUCAGCUGCUGUUCAUCCAAGUGAAACAAUAUCCCAACACCAUUAUCUACCUUCAGUAGCGAACUCACUUUAUCAUGGAAAGAGCUGA